AUGAAGGCGGAUUUUGAGGCAAUAGCCGAAUUAACUGAAACUGAGUUUAAGUCAAAUACGGGUUUUGCGAGACGCAUGAAUCACUAUAGCACUGUGUAUACUGCUGCGACACGAACCACUAGUUCCAAGUCAACAUCUGACCUGAUUGGUUAUCACGUAGAUGAGCUCCUAUAUAUGGAUUUUCAAGAGAUGCUGACACGUUAUCUUUUGAAGUACCGAGAUUUGAAAGCAUCUUCGGAAAUGCAGUUGUUUACCAAAGUUGUUAAAGUCUGGGAACAUUACAAAAUACUAAUGAAAUGGAACAUGAGAGCUUUUGCAUACCUUUCUAGGUAUUACAUUAUUAAUUGCUCAAAACCGUCUCUUCAGCAAGUAGCCUUGAGUAUAUUCCUCGAACAAAUUUUAAAGAAGAAUGCACAGACAGUUAGCCGUGUUACACAGGAACUUCUUUGUUCUGAAAGGAAUGGUGAGAGUGUAAAUCGUGAUCAGAUCCGAAACGCCAUCGAAUUGCUUUCCUCUGUGAGCAUUGAGAAAAAGCAGGAAAUAUAUUCAGAACAAUUUUUAAAACCAUACCUAGCCAUCACAAAAGUUCAUUACGAUGAGCUCAUAUUGGAAUGGACCAAAUCGGGUACUCCUUCAGAGUUUCUACGACGAAUAGAACGAGCUCAUAAUGAGGAAAAGGAUAGGUGCGCGUGUUACUUUUCUUUGGAAGAUAGACAAACUAUCAUGACACACGUGGAAGAGGUUCUAUUAGACUCACCAGCGACAAUAGAAAAACUAUUGAUGUCAAACGAUGGUUUUAUUGCUGCACUAAAGAAUCGUGAAGAGGCCCUUCUAAAAAAAUACUACACUUUGCUUUCAAGACGUACCAAAGGCGUUUCCCACUUGUCGAGCCUGACAAAACAGGGACUUAUUAGUGAAGGCAGGGAAAGAUUGCUGCAUCACAGUAGGGAGGAGAAGGAAGUAGACUUCAGAUCUUGUGUAGCAGAUAUGAUGAAACUUCAGGAAGAUUUUCUGUAUUUACUCACUCAUUGCUUUAACGGUCAUGUAGUGAUGCUUAAAGCUGUGAAGGAGGGUCUUAUGAAAGUCUAUAGUAGUGGUGUUUACGCGUCCUCGGGGACACAUCGGUGUGUAUUGUUCAGUGAACUCUUGGCAUACUAUACGGACGCCGUUCUUCAAGGGAGUGGAAACUCUACUGAGGAGGAAGAAUUAGAGCGAGUAGUUGCGGCCCUCAGCUAUGUAGCCGACCGGGACACAUUUCUUGCCCAUUCACGUGAUUUAUUAGCCCAGAGGAUCUUGUUUCCGCGUAGAAAAUUUGAUGAGGUUACCGAACGAUCUCUUGUUCAGCGCAUACGUCAACGUUGCGGUAUAUCGAGUACGAGUUACCUUGAAGGAAUGCUUCACGAUGUAGAUAUCGCUGAUGGUCAUAAUGCCGAAGAAAAACUUGAGGCUGUUGGGCAAAAGCCGCAUUUUGCAAUAAGCGUAUUCGUCUUAAAGAAGGGGAUUUGGCCUCCGAGAAUUCAAAGUGAGUUUUUUACGCCACCUUCUAUGAUUCAGACAGCACUCCGUGCAUUUGAGAAUGUGUACCUGAAGGGUACAACUGGACGGGUACUCACGUGGUCGUAUUCAAACAGCAGCGGAGAUAUAAGUGCAGCUUAUAAAAACGGAGCAAAGACACUUUCCAUGACAGGUCCCCAGUGCUGGGUGCUUCUCGCAUUCAAUGAUGUGAGAGAAUUAACCCCAAAUGAUGUGAUGAGCUUGUUUGGGAUGUCCCUGGAGGAUUUGAAGCCCGUCUUUCUUCCUCUAUUGAAAUGUUCGGUACUACGCAGAAAGUUUGAAUCUGCCACGCUUCAAAGAGAUGACAUGUUUUUCGUCAAUGAAGAAUUCUCCAGUAAAUGGAGAAAAAUACGAGUACCAAUGGCAGCAUGCCGGCGUGUAGGUGCUUCGCAGAGUGAAGAAAUAGCAAAGGAAGUUGACGAGGACAGAAAACCUGCGAUAGAUGCAUGUUUAGUUCGCAUCAUGAAGAGCCGUCGCGUUCUUGGUCAUUCUGAUCUUCUUGAAGAAUGUCGGCAAAAACUGUCACCCUUGUUUUCAGCUGAUUCUAAAUUAAUCAAGCAACGGAUUGAAGAGCUGAUACGAAAGGAGUACAUUGAGCGAGAUCAGAAAACGCCUAGCGUGUACAGGUACACAGCGUGA